AUGGACCUAUUUACUGAUGGGUCAUCAAAUGUUGGUGGUGCUGGAGUUGGAUGUGUCAUUCUUACUCCUGAAGGUUCGAGGAUCGGUAAAGUGACCAAGCUUGGUUUUCAGGCAUCAAACAAUGAAGCUGAAUAUGAGGCUGCAAUUAUCGGUUUAAAGGCUGUCAAACAGUUAGAUGCGAAUAACGUGAAGCUGGUAACUGAUUCCAUGCUGGUAGUUAACCAGUUCCUGGGGACCUACAGAGCCAAGGAAGAGAGGAUGACCCUAUAUUUGGAUCAUAUGAGAGAGCUUGCAAAUGAAUUCGACCAGUUCUCUAUUGGGCAGCGACCACGGCUGGAAAAUAGGCACGCAGAUGCUUUAGCAUACCUUUCUUCUACAGUCGAAACUGAUACCAUCCGUUUCGUUGUGGUAGAUUUCCAAGAGUUACCUAGCGUCUCCGAAAGCCACUUUGUUCUGGAUCUCGAACACGCUAGUGGGGGACAGAGGGAAACUACAUCAGCACAGAGGGAUACCGAGAACGUUGACAAUACGGGUGUUGACAGUCCAGUGAUAGAUGAUUCCAGCAGUCCUUCUGAAAACACUUCGGACUGGCGUCAACCUUAUAUUCGGUAUUUGACAACCAAUGAACUCCCAGAAGAUGAGCAUCUCGCUUCAGAGGUGAAUAAGAAUGCUUGGAGAUAUUCAAUGAUCGAGGGACAUCUAUACCGCAAACCUGUAGCUUUGGAGCCAUUUUUGCGAUGCAUAUCAGCAGAAGAAGGGCAACAGAUAUUGGCGGAAGCUCAUGAAGGAAUAUGUGGCAACCAUUCUGGAGGGCGCAGUCUUGCGCACAUGAUACGUUCCCAAGGAUACUUCUGGCCAUACAUGCAGAAGGAUACUAAAGAAUAUGCACAGAAAUGUGUGUCAUACCAAGAGCACGCUCCAGUUCCUAAGAGGCCCGCCAACGAAUUGCAUCCAGUUUUUAGUCCCUGGCCAUUCUCUAUGUGGGGACUAGACAUCGUCGGACCACUUCCCAAAGCCACUGGAGGCGUUAAGUUCGUACUAGACGCUACUGAUUAUUUCACCAAAUGGGUCGAAGCAGUGGCACUGAGCAACGGGCAGGCGGAGGCGAACAAUCGCGUUAUCAUGGACAAUCUCAAGAAAAGACUAGAGAAGGCGAAAGGAAAAUGGACAGAAGAAUUCCCUGGUGUUUUAUGGUCCUACCGAACAACCCCAAAUAGAUCCACUGGAUUUUCACCGUUUACACUGGCUUAUGGGGCAGAGGAAGUCAUACCCACCGAGGUACAUCUCAAGACUACCAAAACUCGUGCUGUCAAAUCUGGGAAAAACGACAGCAUAAUGGCUCUGGAUAAAGAGUUGCUAGAAGAACAAAGAGAAACAGCCUUACAACAGUUAGUCUGA